AUGGCGGUCAAGGGUACUCCUGUGGUCGCGGCACAUGGAGUUCCACUCAAGACUCUAAAGGACUGUCUCCAGUUCCUGGAGUGGUUGAAAAAUCGUACCGACGUGCAAAGCAGCGUGGCUAAUCGACUGAAAAGGCUGCUCGAAAAAAUGUAUACAAAGGUUGAUCAACGGCAAAUUGAAUCUGCAUUGGCUCAAUUUCUGAACCAUAUAUCGACGUUUUACCAUAAAUUAUGCAAUGGAGCAGAAAAGAUCAUAAAUAAACCAAGAACCGCAAAAAAUGCCCUAAAUGCUCUCUUUGAGUGUAUUCCAAAGGUUUUAUCCGUGAUGUAUUUUUUUAGAUACCAUGUAGAUGAAGGUUUCAAGGCUCUUGGCGGAGGAGGUUGGGCAGAUAAGGGAGUUGGAGUGGUUGCAAGUUACGCUAAUCUCGGUUUACAGUUAAGUACAUAUAUGAAAUUUGCCACUGAUAUUGAUAAAUAUCUUAUUGAGAAAAACUAUACAGCAACAUACGGUGUCAUCCCCGGAGGAUUCGCCUCUGAUGAGUUAAAGCCAGAUUACCAGGGUAAGUAUCCCCAGGGUAAAUAUAUGCUAACUGAUGUUAAAAAUAUUUUGGAAAAGGAGACUAAUAAAAACAAUCUGUUUCGUGAUGUAUUUUCCACCUCCGUGUUAUCCAAAAAUUCUGGCACAAACACUGCCAAUAUCGCCAAUGCUCUUCGUCUGGUUGAAGAUUUUUGUAGGAUAUUUGAAAGAGUAACAAAGGAUGUAGAAUUUAAAAAUCAUUUACAAUCUAACCGUAUGUGCAUUAAUUGGGAAGAAUUAGAGAAACAUUGCGGCAAACUUAAAGGCUCGCUUGGCAAAAUAUUCACCAGGGGUCGCUUUUCUUUUACCGGAUAUGCAAGAGAAUAUGAGAAUCUUAAUAAGGAAAACACUGCUAAAAAGAUGGCAACUUGGCUAAAAAAACACUUACCCGAAAUGAAAAAUAAUUUGGCGCAAAUUCAAUUUUUUAGCAGUAUAAAGCAUAAGUUAAAUAUGAAACGGCUUAAGAGUAGUGGCCUGACUCCGAGUCAAGCCCCGAUGGUUGCAACCUAUUUUACCAAGAACUUCAUCCAUUACGGAUUCACAUUUUACUUCAACAAGUAUAACGCCAAAACUGCUCCAUAUGAUAUUUUGGAGAAGGAUUGGGAUAGUGCAAUCAGUGAACUCAAGAAACCUAAUGGCGAUUUGGAUCAGCUGAAAACGAUUUUGGAUGGGAAUAUGUGUUCAAAGAAAAAAGAGAGAGAGGAUAGAGGGGAAGAAGGUGAAAAAGAAGAGGAUGAAGACGAAGAGGAUGACGAACCUCCGGAUGAAAUUCUGGAAGAUGUAGAGUCCGAAGAUCUACCUUCUCCCACCAAAACCGAAGCUACCAAAACCGAGGCCGCCAAGCCUGUGGUCACCAAAGCGGAUAGUCCAGAUGAUCCAGAUAAAAAAAAUGAGGGAGCACAGAACCAGGGCAAGAAAGCGGAGGGAGCACAGAACCAGGGCAAGAAAGUGGAGGGAGGUCCAAAUCAAGAUUAUGCUCAAAGUGACGGAAAUGUUCCAAGUGCAGCCUCUCCUUCACCUGAUGCCCCUGGUCCCAGUAGUGGUCAGGACCUGGGUGACCAGGCGGCUACCUCUGGCGCUGGUCAACAGAGUGGUCAAGAGGCUCAACCAAGUCGAAGCACUAAUGCUCCGAAUGCUGGUACAGAUGUUGAUAGAGGUGGAGGAGAGGGGAUAACUUCUAAUCAUAGUGUUACAACAUCUAGAAAAGACUCACCCAGAACGUGCCCUAAUGGGAAGCCAGCCAUUUAUGAUCGUGACGGUAAAAAGUCAUUCUGUUUUCCGGAAUAUAAGACGCCUGUUCCUCCCAAAGUUCUUCGCGGUAAAAGCAUGGCUGAUAUAAAAGCUAUGGCAGACGCAGAUACAGAGAAACGUAAACUGGAGGAUGAGGAAGAGCACCAAAGACAACAGGAGCGAAUUAAAACGGUACACCCGGUUGUCCAAUCUUCUGAAUACUAUUACAAUAAUCGGGAUCCCUAUUACAACAUUCCACCGCCCAUAUCAUCAGACUCGCAUACACGUAGCGAUAGAGAAAGACCUACGCUUGAUGGUGUUCCACAGGAAGAGACAUCACAACUUUUAAAUGCCGUAGUUCGGAGUCGGCAAAAAGAUUGGGACCAAUACUACCUCCAACAGCAAGAACGUAAAAUGGCAUUGCAAAAAAAAUUGUAUAAUGCAUAUGAUGAUCAUCUUCAGGAUUCUGCAAUUAAGUUGGCUGCAGCUGAAUCGGCUAAACAGCAACAGUUAGAACAAAAAUACAAAAAUGAGAUACAUCGACGAGUUCAAAAUAUUUCUAGAAUUCCUGUGCCACCCAAACCUCCAUUGUCUAUAACACUAGAACCUGAUAUUGUGUCAACAUUGUCGCCAAUGGCCUACAUUACAGGUGCAGAAACUCGGUAUAUUAGCGACAAACAUCGCGUGUCACCUGUCGCAAUCCCGAAUGCAGCUGCGCAGUAUGGCAACCCUGUGAUAAACACGCCAGUCGCAGUCACGCUUGACGACAAGAUCAUGGCAGAAUCAACAGGUGUCACCGGUAAUACCAUAAAAAAUGAAUUACACAAAAUAAAAACGGCUCAUGUGCCAGAUGCAGUGAGCGGGCAAGUCUUACCUAAUGACUUUGAAGAUUCAUCACGAAAACGGGAAGAGACGGGAAUAGUAAAUACAUACUUUCAGCAAGGCACAAUAUUGCAUGGAUCUGCAAUAAAGCCGCACACGUCAAAGCCUCAAACCUUCGCCUCAUGGAGAUCGCCCAAAAAUUCAUCGAACCCCCCAGUGUCUCUGAAGAAAUCUCAAGGUUUAUCUAAAGCCAGCGAGGUAUACGGAAUGGUAUUAGAACCGAAUCAGCAAGGUAAAACGAACGUUCCUCUGCAUAAAUUUAAAAAACCACACAAGACACUUCAAGUCCAGGAGUUGGAUGGUAAUCCAUACUCCAUCCUGAUGGAUGUUGAUGGAGUAGACCUGACGAAGCCUUCAACAAAAAAAGUCAAAAUUGUCGCACCGCAGGCCAUCCCACCACCAGUACCGCCAGUGCUGGCUAGCGGAGUGGUCGUUCCUAAUACCAAACAACAUUCUCCAUCUACGGCACUUAUAUCAUCAAAACCUAGUGGUCUCUCAUCUACAAGAAUGGAUUCUAUUGACACCGUACAACCUGACGAAUACCCCGUGACAUUGUUUUCGGACAUUUCCAGUUCCGUAAUGAACAAUGAACCAAACCAUAUUAAAAUAGUUCAGGUUCCAGAUGCUAUGAACGCUCCGAUGUCGUUACCAGCAGAACCGAUAGGCUACUCUAUCUCUGAUCCUCGUGACGCUCGGGAAGCUGAGAAACAAAAGUUACAGUAUCAAUAUGCGGACCAUGACUUGAAAAAUUAUCAUGAUCAACGUGCACAGAUUCUAGCUGACGAAAAGGAUAGACAUGCAAAGUAUUUGGAACUAGUAAUUAAAGAUGAUGACAAAGAGAAAGAAAAUAGAAAGCUGUUGCAAGACGUGGAUGAAAAGCUCGUGGUUCCUCAAUCAAAGAGCGAUGGUAUAGAUGUGGCUGCAGUGACACUCGAUACACUACAGGCAGGUCACAUGGGUCUGCCAAUAAUUGACUCUGGGCCUGCAAUGAAAUUGAGACAGGACGGCUAUGUAUCCACCACUCCGAGGGCAAUCCAACCGGAUGACUACUUGAAGGAAAAAAUGGCAUUAGAAGCUGAAACGAAAAAUGUUGUUAACGGGGGCAUUCAAAUAUCUGUCAAACAGCCGUAUGUUACCGAACUACAUGAUAAUCCCAAUCAUUUCGACAUCCAAAUAGACGUCGCCCAACGCCCAUUCCAAGACCUUGUACAUAACAUAGACCUAGAUGACCCUUAUGCCAACACGGCAGAUAUCCUUAAAGACGAGUUGAAACCUGCAGGGGAUAAAGGCUUCUCAGGCAUGCCUAACACUAAUUUCGAUCUGGACUUUGCACCGAAACGUAUCGGACUUGAAGGCUAUGAAGAUCCCGGGAUGCCGCGUGACUCUCCAAGGAAGGCAGAUGAACGUGUAAUUAACCCAUUUAGCACAGAUGAAUGCCAAAACCCUUGGUCCGUUGACACUUCCUCCACCGAUACACCCCCUCCACCUGCCUCCGCUCUCCCACCCACCGACCAUCUGCCGCCGCCCAAAACAGUCCGGGAAAUGCUCCACUGGUUCGUCGGGUUGAGUCAAUAUGGACUUAUUGGAGUGGUUACGGAGCAUGUCAAAGGCUUUUUGAAGGGUUAUAACACAGAUGCGUUCGAGGUCACCGGAGAUUCCGACCAGCUGACCGCUUCCCAUGUCGCCGCCAAACUGACCGAGGCGUGCCUCUACUCAGCCACCGUUAUCUACAAAGUUAGGCAUAACAAUGACUUCAAAGCCUUUUCUACCUUCGACUUCAAAUCAGAAUAUAGUAAGUUUUGUUAUUCCCCCGACCCCGCCGGGCUCCUCUGCCAGCUGCGUGACUACGUCUACGCCUGCCACCACCAGUUGGAAUUCCUGAAAGCGCAGUCUAGUCGGGACAAACUAAGUGGUGGGUGGGAAAAUUAUGAGUACGGCAGUGAUAUCACUGCUUCCAAGUCUCCCCUCCAGGCGUUCCUGACUGACGACUGGGGCUCCACCUUCGAGACUCACCCCUUCGACCCGUGCAACCUGUGCCUCAAGAGCCGCGUCAGGAUGGGGUUCAAGAAGACAGACUUACCAAUUAGUCAACAAAAUGGCAACACCCUUUCCACCAUCCUCACUCCCAGCUGCGGCGGAGAGGACCCAUUGCUGACCUUGUGCUCCUACCUCAACUGCUUUACCAGGCGGACGCCGCGCACCAUCGGGGAGCUUGUCUCCUACUUCCACCAUUUCGGUAUCGAGUUGCACAAUUAUGAUCAGAAAGCACUUUCCUCACUUGGCACAGCACUCUCCACUCCCCAUGCCUACUGCCCUGAUUGGGACUGUCUUGGUGCCUCCGAUUUCCAAGCAGCCCGUCGCAUCCGUGGUUCCGAGUCUCUCAACGCAACGCAUGACCAUCUGAAGAGUCUACCUAAACAAUUUGGAGACAACUUGGGUCAUUUACAUCGCCAUCCACAAUUGUUGCCAACUACCUACCAUUCGCAUGCCCUCUACCUCCUCGUCUUUGAGUACACGAUUUUUCACUUCUUGAAUGUUCUGCCAUGUUCCCAAUUGUUUCGACUCCCAAGGCGUCCUACUUCAUCCACGUCACGACAAUACUCGUUCACUGGAAGAGGAUACUCCUACCUUGCUACGACAUCGACUGCUUCAAUGACCCCAUGGGCAAACAUUGUUACAUCGUAA